AUGAAGCUCAGCUCAUUGAUAGCGUCAAGGCCUGUUCUCAUCUUCAUCAUUCUGGCAAUUGGAGUUGUGCUACUCCCUUGUGUAGUGGUACCAUGGUGGUAUAAUAUGAUCAAACAGAUGCAGAAGCACAUGGAUUUCAAUGCCCAUGUUGUUCAAUCUGGAUUGGUAUCUGAAAUUGAGAACAUAGCUAAAUUAUUGCACCCUAUAAAUUCAUCUGCAAUAAAUUUAGCAAGAGUUAUGAGUUCCUCCAUCAAUGGAAGCAUACUCUCAUCAUACGAUGUUGAGAAUAAGGUAGCUCCCUCAUUGUUUCAAGCAUUUCCAGUAAUUCCUUUCAUAUCACAGAUUUCAUAUAUUGGACUGGGAGGUCUUUUCUUCUCAUACUAUUAUGAAGGAAACCAAGUAUUUGCUAUGUACUCUAACUCUACAGCUUCAAAUGCGAGGAACUUUUCUUGGUAUAGACAACCUGUAGAUUCAGACACAGGAAAAGUAUAUGGAGAUGCAGUUAAAACCCUUCCUUUCAUUACAACCAAUGCAAGUUGGAUUGAGCAAGCAUUAAAUAGUAGUCAAGGGUAUGCAUCAUUUGAGAGUGGAUGGAACGGUGCUCAAGAUCCUCUAUUCCUUAACACAGUUAGUUUACAUGGACAAGCAGUCCUCUCUUUAGGGUUUUCGGCUAAAGCAUUAACUAGUUUCUUCAACAACGUAGAACUUUAUGGUGGGAGCUUGUAUUUGGCUACCCAAUCCGGCAAAGUUCUUGUAGGAGGACUGCCUAACACUCAAAUUGUGAUAAAGGAAAAUUCAGUUUCUCUAUACAUGACAAAACUGAAUGGUGAUCAAAUUGAUCACGUUGGAAAUGUUUCAUGCAUGCCGAACAAUGGCAAACUACAAGAUUCAGUGUUGUACCUUGAGGAAGCAAAAUACAGAGUUUUAUGCUCCCAGGUUGAAAUUGUGGGAGUGCAAUCGGUAUAUGCGUUGGCUUUCCCAUACAAUGGACUAGCAAGCAGUGUUAACAGGAGCAUCGAAAUUUCCCUCGUUCUAUUCAUAAUAAUGAUUGCUGCGAUUUUCAUUUCGAUUGUUAGUUUCAUAUUGCUAGUGGUUAGGGCUGCAGGAAGGGAAAUCCACUUGUGUUCAGCACUAAUAAAGCAAAUGGAAGCAACGCAACAAGCAGAACGAAAGAGCAUGAAUAAGAGUCUUGCAUUUGCUAGUGCUAGCCAUGACAUUCGAGCGGCUUUAGCAGGCAUUACUGGUUUGAUAGAGAUAUGCUAUGCAGAAGCGCGUGCAGGUUCUGAGUUAGAUACAAAUUUACAACAAAUGGAUGAUUGCACAAAAGACCUAGUAGGUUUGUUGAAUUCUAUUCUUGAUACCAGCAAAAUUGAAGCCGGCAAAAUGCAACUUGAAGAAGAAGAAUUUGAUUUAGCCAAGCUUCUUGAAGAUGCAGUUGAUUUGUAUCAUCCUGUGGGCAUGAAAAAAGGUGUAGAUGUGGUGCUUGACCCCUAUGAUGGUUCCAUUCUCAAACAUUCUCGAGUGAAAGGCGACAGGGUAAAACUAAAGCAAGUCCUUUGCAAUUUACUUAGCAAUGCUGUUAAGUUUACAUUUGAGGGGCAUGUAUCAGUUCGAGCCUGGACUCAAAAACCCAGUUUAGAGAACAAGAUAAUCGCUUCCAAUCAGAAUGGUUUGUGGAGAUGUUUUUUAUGCCUUUUUUCCAAGAACAAAAAAGAAUUUGAUGAAGUGAAGCAAAAACAAUGCUCCAUUGAAUUUGUAUUUGAGGUGAAUGAUACAGGUAAAGGAAUUCCGAGAGAAAAACAAAAAUCAGUGUUUGAGAAUUUUGUUCAAGUCAAAGAAACAGCUCUUGGACAAGGAGGAACUGGCUUAGGACUUGGCAUCGUUCAAUCUUUGGUGCGUCUAAUGGGAGGAGAAAUAGGAAUCGUGAAUAAAGAGAAUGGCAAGAAGGGAACUUGCUUCAAGUUCAAUGUUUUCCUUGACAUAUGCGAGAUACCUUCAGCAUAUAUAAAAAAUGCUGAAGUUGAGAUUGAAGGGGAUUCCAUGCCUGAUGGUGAACUUAACUAUUCGGUGCUGCCUAUUCAAACUCCUUCUCCAGGCCUAGUGAUUCGCACCCCUAGUCCUAGGCUGUCUAUACUUGGUUCUAGUCCCAAGAUUGAAGGAUCCCAUGUUGUUCUGCUGAUUCAAAAUGAAGAGCGGCUAAGAAGUUCACAUAAAUAUAUAGAGGGUUUGGGGAUAAAAGCAUCAUCUGUGAAGCAAUGGAAGCAUCUUCACUCUACCCUAAAAAGGAUAAAAGUCAGGCAGAAUGUUUCACCAUAUGGUUCUUCAGGAAAAUCUGAUUUGGGCUCAAGAAGUGACCAUUUUAACUCUAGAUCAAUGAAGGAUGUGCCUUUAAAUUCCAUGGACGGGAUAGAUCAAAAACCAUCCGCAAGUAGAAGUAGUAAUCUUAGAGGUGCAUCAGGCUUUGUAUUGCUUGUGAUUGAUGCUGGUGCUGGACCAUUUCAGGAACUUUGUAGAGUCGUUGCUGAAUUUAAAAGAGACCUUCCUAGCAGUUGCUACAAGGUUGUUUGGCUGGAUAAACCAACUUCACGAAGUAUCAAUUUGAGAGGCUUUGAACAUGACUUGAUCAAUCCAAGGGACGACAUUUUGUUGAAACCAUUUCAUGGUUCUCGCUUGUAUCAAGUGAUACGACUUCUACCUGAAUUCGGGGGUCAUGAACUUAUUUCCAGAUCAAAGAGAGAAAAUGCAAUCCAAGCCACAAAUGCUCUUAAAGAUCCUGGUUCAUCUUCAUCAACACAUUCACAAGGAACAAAGUUAAAGGUUCCAUCAACUUGUGAAAACUCAUUUCAACAAGUGGACUCACAAGCAGAAGGCAGCUCAAAAAAUGAAAAAAACAGGAAGAAUCCUUUGUUAGAUGAUCCAGAUCAUUCUCAUGUUAAAUCCAAAUCAAGACAGUCUCCAACUGAAAGGCUACCGGUUAGAUCAUCAGAGAUCCAAGAAGCACGUGGUAAUCCAAGCAAAGACAAAUCCUUAAGCGGGUUGAAAUUAUUGGUCGUUGAUGAUAAUGAAAUAUCCCGCAAAGUGACCAGGCACAUUCUUAAAGGGCAUGGUGCAACUGUUGAGGUUUGUGAAAAUGGGGAGGAAGCUUUCCAACUAGUUCGCAUAGGUCUACACAACCAAAGGGAACAUAGCCACUCUAUUGUGCUUCCUUAUGACUACAUAUUAAUGGACUGCGAGAUGCCAAAAAUGGAUGGGUGUGAAGCAACAAGACAGAUAAGAAAAGAGGAGAAGUUUUAUGGCGUUCACAUCCCUAUCUUAGCAUUCUCAGCAGAUAACUCAGGAGGUCAAGGUAAAAAGAUGAAGGAGGCUGGAACAGAUGGUCGAGUGAACAAAAAAAUCAAUAUGGAACAGCUGGAGGAGACCAUCAGAAACAUUCAACAAAAAAGAAUGCAUCUUUAA